AUGAAUCUUUCAUUUUGUCGCGUGUAUUUUGCUGCUGUUGCCUAUGGUGCUGCUUUUUUUGCUGCUGUCAUGUCCGGUACGGUGCUAAUAGCAGCACUAAGUAUUGGUGAGUUGGAAGUUGUGAUUCCUCGAAACACACCAAUACCUGCAAAGAUGGAGAAAAGCUUUGUACUUGAUGGCAUCCUUCCAGCACCGGCGAAUGUUCCAAGUAUAAUGGAAUCCUUGAGCAUAGAUGAGAAUGGAAUCUUGACUGUGACAGCAGAAGAUAAAAGCAAUGGAAACAAAAAUCAAUUAACCAUUACCAAUCACAGUAUAAGGUUAUCGAAGGAGGAGAUUGAUAGGAUGGUGGAAGAGGCCAUAAAACUCAAAGCUCAGGAUGAGAAGCGCAAGGAAGCAGCCAUUGCCAAGAACAACUUAGAAGUUUAUGUUGACAAGAUGACGAGCACCUUGAAAAGCUGUGGAAGGAAGAUUGGGAUAAAGAACAAGAAGCAGCUUGGUGAUGCAAUUGAGAAGACUACCCAAUGGCUAAAUUUGAAUUACCUGCUUCCGGAGGCCUGUAAGUUUGAGGAAAAAUUGAAUGAGCUUGAGAGAAUUUGUGAGCCUAUCUUGGAAAAGAUGUUGUGA